AUGGCCCCUCAGAAGAAGAGCAAGAAGGAUGCCAACAGCAUCAAUUCCAAGCUGGCGCUUGUUAUGAAGUCAGGAAAAGUCACUCUGGGAUACAAGUCAACUCUCAAGAGCUUGCGAUCCGGCAAGGCCAAACUGAUUAUCAUCGCCGGCAAUACUCCUCCUCUCCGCAAGAGCGAGCUUGAGUACUACUCUAUGCUGUCCAAGGCCCCUAUCCACCAUUUCUCCGGCAACAACAUUGAGCUCGGCACUGCUUGUGGUAAACUCUUCCGCUGCUCUACUAUGGCCAUCCUCGACGCUGGUGACUCCGAUAUCCUCAGCGACCAGCAGGCUUAA